CAUCACCACUCUCACCUUAAUUUCUCUUAUUUUCUUCCUCUUCACCCUCCUCCACCUUUAUUUCCCAUGUCUCAUUUUAUCAAUCUUCAAACAACAAUAUUAUCCUAUUUCGAUUAAUUAAAUACAUAUACAUAUCUAAACAUAUAUGGCAUUCAUGAAGCUGGGAUCAAAGUCUGAACCUUUUCGUCGGGAAGGCCAAACUUGGGUUUGUACAACGGGACUACCAAGUGAUGUUACCAUUGAAGUUGGCGAAAUCUCUUUUCUCCUCCACAAGUUUCCAUUGCUUUCUAGAAGUGGCCUACUGAAGAAACUCAUUGCAGAAUCCUCAAAAGAGGAUGGAUCAAGUUGUGUUUUGCAACUUCAUGAUGUUCCCGGUGGAGCCAAAACUUUCAAGGAUAUAACCAGGUUUUGCUAUGGUGUAAAAUUAGAAAUCACAUCAUUAAAUGUAGUCAGCCUCAGAUGUGCAGCUGAGUAUCUCCAAAUGACUGAAAACUAUGGUGAAGGGAAUCUUGUUGCACAGACCGAGGCCUUUCUCAAUGAAAUUUUCAGCAAUUGGCCAGAUUCCAUAAAAGCCCUUGAAACAUGUGAGGAAGUGCAGCCCUUUGCAGAAGAUCUCCAUAUAGUUUCAAGAUGCAUUGAUUCCUUGGCUAUGAAGGCUUGUUCAGAUCCAAACUUAUUCCACUGGCCUGUGGCUGGAAGCAAUUGCAAGCAAAAUCAAGCAGACAACAGUGCAUUGUGGAAUGGAAUUUCUUCUGAGAAACCAUCUCAACUCCAUGAUUGGUGGUUUUAUGAUGUGUCUUUGUUAAGCCUCUCCCUAUAUAAACGACUGAUUAUAGCCAUUGAAGUGAAAGGAAUGAAAUCUGAGGUUGUUGCUGCAUCUCUCAUAUAUUAUCUCAGGAGGUUUCUCCCUUUGAUGAAUAGGCAAUCAAGCUUCACUGAUACAAGCCAUGCUACCAUUCCUAAUACUUCUGAAGCAGACCAAAGGGCUCUACUGGAGGAAAUUGUGGAGUUGCUUCCUAGUAAGAGGGGGGUCACAUCCUCAAAGCAUCUGCUUAGGCUGCUCCGCACAGCCAUGAUAUUGAGUGCAAGUUCGUCAUGUAAAGAAAAUUUGGAGAAAAGGGUAGGAGCUCAACUAGACCAGGCUGCGCUAGUGGAUCUUCUCAUUCCAAAUAUGGGAUACUCGGUGGAGACACUAUACGAUAUAGACUGCAUUCAGAGGAUUCUUGAUCAUUUUAUGUCUAUAUACCAGCCUGCAUCCGUAGCAGCUUCUCCAUGCAUAAUUGAACAAGGGGCAUUGAUAGCUGGAGCUGAUGCAUUGACACCAAUGACAAUGGUGGCGAAUUUGGUUGAUGGAUAUCUUGCUGAGGUUGCUUCAGAUACUAAUUUGAACUUGACUAAGUUUCAGGCACUUGCUGUUGCAAUUCCAGAUUAUGCUAGGCCACUUGACGAUGGUAUAUACCAUGCAAUAGAUGUAUACCUUAAGGUACAUCCGUGGCUGACAGAUUCUGAACGGGAGCAACUUUGCAGAUUGAUGAACUGCCAAAAGCUGUCAUUGGAAGCAAGCACUCACGCAGCACAAAAUGAAAGAUUACCUCUCCGAGUAAUUGUUCAAGUCCUGUUUUUUGAACAGCUUAGACUCCGCACAUCAAUAUCUGGAUGGUUCUUUGUUUCUGACAAUCUUGAAAAUGGACAACACCACAGUGGAAAUUUUGGCCUGACCAAUAGUGAUACACGUCAAGGGGAAACGGCAGAGGGAAAUGAAAACUUGAGGGAACGUCUUUUGGAUCUGGAGAAGGAAUGCUCAAGCAUUAGAAAUGAGCUGCAGAAGCUGACAAAGACAAAGAAAAGUUGGAGUAUUUUCCCAAAAAGGUUUGGCUUUAGAAAAAAGUCAGACUUUAGCAACCAUAAAGAGUCAAAUAGCAAUGAUACAAAGACAUCAUCCUCCAAUACGAAUGGAAAACCAGAUCAUGAAAAUGGUUGAGAGGCUUCAAAGAACUUCAUAGCUCAAGAGGAAUCGUGGCCAUGGCUCCUUUUGGUGUCGCAGAUUUCCGAUAACAGCAGCAUAUCCUUAGCAUUCUGUUGCUGCUUUGUCUGAUCACUUUAGCUGUGAGAUGGUUGUAUACAGUGAAUGUUUUAGAUCUAUUUAUUCAUUAGCUUGGUACAUACAAUACAAACGUGAGAUCUGUAUUUUA